AUGAAGUCUACAAGUUGCAUAAAGCACUUUACGGGUUGCGACAAGCUCCCAGGGCAUGGAACAAAAGGAUUGAUGCUUUUUAUCAGCCACGGGUUUGAGAGGUGUGCUGUAGAGCAUAGUCUGUACGUAAAGAAGAGUGAUGGUGAUAACAUAAUGAUUUUUUGCCUCUAUGUUGAUGACUUAUUGGUGACUGGUUCCAGUUUAAGUAAAAUUGAAGAAUUCAAACAGAUGAUGGAAGCUGAAUUUGAGAUGACAGACCUUGGGAAGCUUAGUUACUUCUUAGGGAUGGAAUUUUCUCAAACAACUGCAGGCUUGCUGAUGCACAAGAAAAUGUAUGUGAAGGAUUUAUUGGAAAGGUUCAAGAUGGUCCAGUGUAACGAUGUCAAGAAUCCACUCGAAAUUAACGCAAAGUUAAAGCUAGAUGAAGACAAAGAAAGUGUAGAUGGAACAGCUUAUAAGCAGCUUGUUGGAUCAUUACGAUUUCUGUGUAAUAGCAAGCCAGACUUAAUGUUUGGAGUUGGUCUGAUAAGCCGAUUCAUGAGUAAUCCUAAAAUAAGUCACAUGGCUGCUGCCAAACGUAUAUUGAGGUAUGUUAAAGGAACCGCAGACUAUGGCAUUUUGUUUCCCUAUGGGACGAAGGAGGAAGAGUUGAAGCUAGUUGGAUACACCGAUUCUGAUUUCGGUGGUGAUCAAAUAGAGAGAAAGAGCACAUCUGGAAACAUUUACUUUAUAAACAGGGCACCUAUUUCGUGGAGUUCUAAGAAGCAAACUGUCAUCACUUUAUCAAGUUGUGAAACAGAAUAUAUUGCUGGGUGUUAUGCUGUGUGUCUAGGUGUUUGGCUGAAUGAGGUUUCAAAAGAAUUGAAAGUGCAAACUGAUAGGCCAGUUGAGCUAAAGAUGGACAACACGUCUGCCAUAAGCUUAGCAAAGAACCCGGUAAGCCACGGAAGAAGAAGAAGCAAACAUAUCGAGGUAAAGUAUCAUUUUUUACGGGAUAUGGUGAACAAAGGCAGAUUUGAGCUCACACAUUGCAGGACUGAUCUUCAAUUAGCAAACAUGUUUACAAAGGCUCUUAAACUGGAAAGAUUUGAGUUUCUCAAAAAGGAAAUUGGAGUGCUGACACAAAGCGGCUUGAAUUAA